UUUUGGUAGAGAAGCAUGUUCUGAAUUCCAAAUACAUUUCAUAAAAACACAUUUCAGCGCAUCAAACUUUUAUGUUCUUUUCUAUUCAAUUCUAGCUAAUUGCACCACACCUUAAAAAUGAUUGAAAUGUUCACUUCAACAAUCUUACUAAAUCACUGUUGGCUUUCUUUGAGCACCUGAACUUUAUUGGAUGGCUGACUUCUUAAAAAAGGAAAGAUUAUUGGGAAUAUAUAUCUGCAACAAGAGCAUGUUGUACAAUUCAAUAUGUCUAACAGAGAUGGAGAAAAAUCCAAAGUAUAUGGAUUCUAAUGGCUUCUGACAGGAUAGUGAGGAGUGAUGGGUGAUGAUGAUGAAACCACAGCUCUUGUCUGUGAUAAUGGUUCUGGGCUUUGUAAGGCUGGAUUUGCAGGAGAUGAUGCUCCCCGGGCUGUCUUUCCAUCUAUUGUUGGGCGACCUCGGCACCAGGGAGUUAUGGUAGGGAUGGGCCAGAAAGACAGCUAUGUUGGGGAUGAAGCACAAAGUAAACGAGGAAUUCUGACCCUGAAAUAUCCCAUUGAGCACGGUAUUAUCACAAACUGGGAUGACAUGGAAAAGAUUUGGCAUCAUUCUUUCUACAAUGAACUUCGUGUUGCCCCUGAAGAGCAUCCUGUGCUGCUCACAGAAGCUCCUUUAAAUCCCAAGGCUAAUCGAGAGAAAAUGACUCAGAUAAUGUUUGAAACAUUCAAUGUACCAGCAAUGUAUGUGGCCAUUCAAGCCGUUCUCUCCUUGUAUGCAUCUGGACGAACUACUGGAAUUGUUCUGGACUCUGGUGAUGGCGUGACACAUAAUGUACCUAUCUAUGAAGGUUAUGCCCUGCCACAUGCUAUCAUGAGACUAGAUCUGGCUGGAAGAGAUCUCACUGAUUAUCUCAUGAAAAUUCUUACAGAGAGAGGAUAUUCUUUUGUUACUACAGCGGAGCGUGAGAUUGUGCGAGAUAUUAAGGAAAAGUUAUGCUAUGUGGCUCUGGAUUUUGAGAAUGAAAUGGCUACUGCUGCUUCUUCAUCUUCUUUGGAGAAGAGCUAUGAACUUCCUGAUGGCCAAGUUAUCACAAUUGGCAAUGAAAGGUUUCGAUGCCCUGAAACUCUCUUCCAGCCAUCCUUCAUAGGAAUGGAAUCUGCUGGGAUCCAUGAAACUACUUAUAACAGCAUAAUGAAAUGUGAUAUUGAUAUCCGUAAAGAUCUUUAUGCUAAUAAUGUGCUUUCUGGAGGAACUACCAUGUACCCUGGUAUUGGUGAUCGUAUGCAGAAAGAAAUCACAGCACUGGCUCCAAGUACUAUGAAAAUUAAAAUAAUUGCACCUCCAGAACGUAAAUACUCUGUUUGGAUUGGAGGUUCUAUAUUAGCUUCUCUGUCAACUUUCCAGCAAAUGUGGAUCAGCAAAGAUGAAUAUGAAGAAGCUGGUCCUUCCAUUGUCCAUCGCAAAUGCUUUUGAGUAUGAGUAUCCAUCGCAAAUGCGUUUGAGUAAUUUACUAUCAGGGUUCCCUUGUGAUUUCUCACUAUUUUCUUAGGGAGAGAGGGUGUAUUUUAGGUUUUUUCUCCCACACUUCUAAAAAUAUAAUAAAUGGUUUUGCCAAUUAA